AUGGAUAAGAAAAGAGAAAAGUUGUUUAAAGCAAUUAAACAACCACAGAGCGAUACGGAAUGGUUGGUAAUGCUUGGAAAGGGAAGUCCUCGUAUCGAAGAAAAGGAGAUAAAUGUAGAAGAGUUCUUGGCAUGGCUACCAACCAAACAUCAUGCAGAGUUGUUUGAAUUGCUCUAUCUAAGAAUGGUACCAAUCAUUGAACAAGAACUUAUGAUUCCAAGUGAAGAUACAGAAGAUAUAGAUACAGAUACUGCUCGAACCAUAGCAAUCAAUGCUCUCAAAUCAAUGGAUAUAAUUCUAGUCAUAUGCAACUACUUUUUAAAAAAUACUAAAUCUUCAUUUGUUCCACCUGAACAUAUGUUUUCAAUUAUCACUAUAUCUCAUGAUUUAAUAUUGUCAUUUAUGAAUCUUGGUGAAAAAGUGUUGGAAUUGACAAAUAUAUUUAGAAAGGAUGUUUUGGCAAGACUAUAUAACAAGAGUUUAUAA